GUAUUUCCAGUGUUGUUCCUGUUGGGGUCACUGAUUCCCUAUGGUCGUGGGGAAACUGAAUCCUCCAUGAUCAGCUCAUUAAGAGAGGCUGCAUUGAACUAUCAGGGAAAGCUGGAGUGUGGAAACUGGGACUGCGACUGCGUUUUCAAACGAGGGCGCGACUGCUGCUGUGGAGCGAAUGACUUAUACCAACUCGAAGACAAUACCUUCCGUAGGAUGAUGAAUUUGUGGGACAAUCUUUCCCAACUGAAAAGCAGAGUAAAGGAAGUCACAGGUAACCUCAAGAUUGCCUUUAAAACAUGUCUAAAUAUCACCCUCCCAAGAUCUGCUCUCACAUGCUUCGGUCCUUUCAACACUGAUGUGCCGAUCCCCUUUGAUUCCGUCUCUCUUAAUGAUGGCAUGGGAUACAACCCAUCCUUGGGUGCCUUCACUGCCCCUUGUGCUGGUGUUUAUGCCUUUUCCUACACAAUCUACUCAUCUGUGGGAGCGGACGGGCGCCUCUACCACAAAGUUCAGCUACUUCUGAACAACAACGUAAUAGCCAGUGUGUGGGAGGACAAUCGGGAGGAUGGUGAAGACAGUGCAAGUCAGCUUGUGGUGCUGCAGUUGAACAAAGGCGAUCAGGUCUACCUGGCCUUAACGACUGGGAGGAAGCUCUGUGGACACCUGGCGUCCAACAGCUUUACUGGUUACAUGUUAUACCCUCUCAACAAUGCACAAUAAACCAGUUGGAGAUCCAUGUGACUGAACCUUCAUCACUCCGGGACUGAGAUGAACAAACCUAGUGGUCACAUGUUGACCUGGCUGAUGUAGGUUCCAGGGACCAGCCCCCUAUCCACGGCAAUAGAUAAAAACAAGAGAAGUGGCACAUUCAUACAGUAGAAUCAUGCAUGUGUA